AUGUCGAUUCUUGCACAGCUACCCACUGAGUUGAUCCACCAAGUAUUCCGUCAAAUACCUAAGGAUGAAUUAGAGCUAAUGUUUGAGCUCAACUCACUAUCCAAGAAUGAAGAACAUGAUUUAAGCUUUCAAAAUGUUAGAAAUAUUGCUUUAUAUGAAAGAUAUUACCAUCAAAAGCUUUUUCUAACCAAUUUACCUCAAUUCUAUACCACUGCAGAAGUGGAUUCCUUAUGUUUAUCAAGUGACGAUCUUGAUUACCUUAUCAAACAUCAAAUCUAUAUCAAGCCGAAACUGAUAUCGCUAAUAAUUUACAACACAGGUCCAUUUGAUUGUAUGGACUAUGCCAAUACGAUGCUUGUGUAUUAUAAGUUUAUAUCCCAUCUUACCGCUGAUUUCAAUAUUCAAUUAGUGUUAAUUGAAAAUUGUUCAGAACGAGAAUCUGCUUUCAUCAACAAAAUCUCCCAACUUGAAAUAAGAGUGAAUUGGUUUGCUAUCAACAAUAGAAGGUGUUUGGGGCGAUCAAGAGAAAGUAAUAUUCCCAAUCAACAAUCUUCUACUAGUAUUUUCCCUGAUAAUGAAGGACCACCUCGUUUAAGUGCUCAAAAUUUAAAGAUUAACUUAUUUAAUGCCAAUAGUUUAGUAAGUCAAGUUGAGCUUAAAAAGAAUACAAGUUUAUGGCUUAACUUAAAAAUGGUUGAUCUUUCAUACAAUAAUAUUGAUGAUUAUUGGCUUGCUCAAAUCGAUCUCCCGGAAACAAUAGAGGUAUUAAACCUAUCAAAUAAUAGCCUAAGAGGAAUUAACAGAUAUAAUUUUAACCUAACAAAAUUACCCAACCUUAGAGAACUAAUAUUGGACAACAAUAACAUCACCUCUAUUUCCUUUUGCCAGGGUGAAAGAUAUGACAUAGAUGGUGGUGAAGACGAUGUUGCUGCUGAUAUUACUCACCCAUAUAUGUCAUUAACAAAAUUGUCAAUUAUGGGGAAUCAUUUGUUUGAUACAAAGUUUUUACUGGAUCCUUGUUUGUACAAGCUCAAACAAGUUGAUAUUUCAAGAAAUCUCAUCUCCAAGCUCCAUAAAUUCCCACCAAGAUUAACUCAUAUUGAUCUCAAUGGUAAUUAUCUCACUCGAUUUUUCACUCAUGCUGAAUGGCAUUUGUUUCCGUGUCCCAACUUGAUUCAUUUAAAUCUUGCAAAUUCAUUCGAAACUCUCUAUAGCAAGAAUGACCAAUUAAGAGGGUGUAUUGGAACAUUCCAAGAGUUACCUAUUGAAUCUGGAGUCAAAAGGUUUAGUUUGACAGCAGCUUUAGAAGAUUCAAGAUUCCCUCCUAUUAGGAAGUCAGAAUUGCCUUCACUCAAAGUUCAUGUUACUUUACUAGCAAAUUUCACUCCAAUAAAGACCUGGGAUAGCUGGAAAGUGGGAGAACAUGGUUUGAAGAUUCAUAUAAUAUAUCAAGGUGCUUCAUACAGUGGAACAUUUCUUCCCAGCGUUGCUGAAGAACAAGAAUGGGAUAAGUUAACUACAGUGUAUUAUUUGCUUCAAAAGGCAGAUUUGAUGGGGAUCAAGAAAUCGGCCACGGCUGAUUUUGUUACAAAUGGCAUUAAUGAUGGAUGGAUAGAUUUGGUUAGAUAUGAUGGGUUGAAAUCUUCUUUAUCAUACGAUGAUUUUAUAAAGGGACGUCAACUUGUACAACAUCAAUAG